CCGCUCAUGAUAACCCCUUCCUGCCCAGUGCCAUUAGUACAGUGUCAGUACUUUUUUUUUUUAGCACUGAUCACUGUAUUGGUGUCACUGGGGAUGUCAGUGACACAAAGUCAGUUCCCCCCUAGGUGUCAGAAUGUCCGCCGCAGUCCCGCUAUAAGUCGCUGAUCGCCGCCAUUACUAGAAUGAAAAAUAAAAAUCCCAGUAUCUAUACAGCCAUUUGAAAACGCUAUAACUUUCACGUAAACCAAUUAAUUUACACGUAUUGGGAUUUUUUUAAGCAAAGACAUGUUGCAGAAUACA